GGGCUUUUAGUCUUUGGACACUUGGUGUUGAAAACGUAACGGAAAUUCAGCCUUAUGUCAACUGUUAUCGGGGUUUUUUCAUUGCCAGUGGCUACAGAACCUCCCAAACCACAUCGUAAAAAAGCACCAGACUUACCAAUCCUAGAGAGGAAAAACUGGUUGAUCUAUCUGCUGUAUGUUCGCCGAGACUACGAUGAGUGUAAGGCUGUCAUCAAAGAGCAGCUCCAGGAGUCUCAUGGGCUGUGUGAAUAUGCAGUCUACGUUCAAGCUUUGAUAUUUCGCUUGGAGGGGAAAAUUCAAGAAUCUCUUGAACUUUUUCAGACAUGUUCCAUUCUGAACCCUCGAAGUGCUGACAACCUCAAGCAGGUGGCACGAUCGCUAUUUCUUUUGGGGAAACACAAGGCAGCAAUUGAAGUGUACAAUGAAGCAGCUAAACUGGAUGAAAAGGACUGGGAGAUCAGCCACAACCUGGGUGUGUGCUACAUGUACCUGAAACACUUUCACAAGGCACGAGACCAGCUAAACAAUGCCCUGGAGCUCAACAGACAUGAUCUGACUUACAUGAUGCUGGGAAAAAUUCACCUAUUGGAGGGGGAGAUGGAUAAAGCCAUUGAAGUCUAUAAGAAAGCCGUAGAGUUUUCUCCAGAAAACACGGAUCUCCUUACAACACUGGGGUUGCUUUACUUGCAGCUUGGGGAUUACCAGAAGGCUUUUGAACAUCUUGGAAAUGCACUUACUUAUGACCCAGCCAACUACAAGGCGACUUUGGCAGCUGGCAGCAUGAUGCAGGCCCACGGGGAUUUUGAUGUUGCUCUCUCCAAAUACAGGAUGGUAGCCAGCAGUGUGCCUGAAAGCCCCCCGCUGUGGAACAACGUUGGGAUGUGCUUUUUCGGGAAGAAGAAAUAUGUUGCAGCUAUCAGUUGCCUGAAGCGGGCAAACUACUUGUCUCCCUUUGACUGGAAGAUACUGUACAAUCUGGGGUUAGUCCACCUCACGAUGCAGCAGUACGCAUCUGCUUUCCACUUCCUCAGUGCUGCCAUCAACUUCCAGCCCAAGAUGGGAGAGCUGUACAUGCUCCUCGCAGUUGCUCUGACAAAUUUGGAAGACAUUGAGAAUGCAAAACGUUCCUAUGAGCAGGCUGUGGCACUGGACAAGUGCAAUCCCCUUGUCAGCCUCAACUAUGCUGUCCUGCUAUACAACCAGGGCGACAAGCAGGGAGCCCUCUGCCAGUACCAGGAGAUGGAGAAGAAGGUCAAUGCAGCCAAGGAGAGUGGUGCACUUGUCUUUGACCCUGAGAUGGUGGAGGUUGCCCAGAAGAUGGGAGCUGCCCUGCAGAUAGGGGAGAGCCUGGUUUGGUCUAAGCCAUCUAAAGAGUCUAAAAGCAAGCAACGAGCUGCUCCAUCGGGAAAAUCCUCCAGCACUCAGCAGCCUCUGGGCUCUAACCAGGCCCUGGGUCAAGCCAUGUCCUCAGCUGUGGGGUAUGGAAAAACCUUGCAGCUUCCCUCAGGUGCUGGAGGAUCGGCUCCUCUUGCAAAGUCUCCCUCACUGCCUCUGGAACCAGAACCAGACUCAAAAUCAAGCCCUGAGGAGACUUCGGUGCCAACAGGGGCUGAGGAGCAGAGGAAAGAAAAGUGCGAGAGCCAGGAGGCUGCAGACUAGGAUGGAUUCUGUCUGGGACAGGCAGGAGCAUCUCCUGGGACCUGCCCUCUUCCUGACACACGGUGGCUUCACUCCACUGUCAUUUAGUCUAAAUGCAGCUGUUAUCUGUUAAUGAUAUUAGCUUGUGGUCUCUACUUUGUCCCAAGGACUCAUUGCAGCAGCAUUGCUGUGUAGAUAUUGUUAGUGUGGUCACAGCUUACCGUGGGAGACUGAAGGAAAAAGAUCCACCUCUCCACAGGGUUGAUGUGUAAGUCCUUCAGAGGGAUUCUGAGGCAUCCAGAAUGUUUAGAAAAGCCAGCAGUAGGGACUUAGCAAUCUGGGCCCAAAGAGGAUUGAACCCUUCCAGUGGCUGAGGAAGACCUAAGGAGGCUGUAGUAUGGUCAGAGGUGACGUGCUUGGGGAGUGGGGAAGGUCGUGCACGUCACUGGGACAAGUGCAGGGGGGUAGGCCAGGCCCAGGACUUGCACAGCCGGGCUCGCCGGCACCGCUGGGGAACAGGGCCAGGCUUUGUAAAUGCUUUCUUGAGGCUGAGGAAAGGAAGCAGCAGCAGCUGGGAGCUGGUGUUCCUGACCACUAAUGAUAUGGUCACAAGGCAGAAGAGACACUUCAAGCCUGCACUUUGCUGAGCAGUGGCAAGUGUGAAACCCGAGGAGCUGCGAAGCGAAGGGAAGCCGGUUUUGCUUGAGAUGGUUGCCCCAGUGCUUGCGCCAGGGAGGUUUAGAAAAGCUGAGUAGAUGAGGUGCUGAGGGGCAUGGUUUAGUGGUGGGCUUGGCAGUGUGAGGUGAAGGGUUGAACUCAAAGUUCUUUUCCAACCAAAACGAUUCUAUGACUAACCUGCGGCCAGUGGAGGGCGGCUGGCCGAGGCUCUGGCUAACAGCACGUGUGCUGGGCAGCCAGCUGAGCUGGAUUCUGUAGGACUGUUCACUUCUGAUCUCAGGAUCACUCUGUAUUUCUUGAAUCAAACAUAUUUUUAAGUUUAAGCUCUGGUUUGGUAGCUAAGAAGGUUCUGGAAGCAGGCUAGGUGCAGCAGCAAAAAAAAAGUCUGCCAAAUUGUUAAUUGUUUGCUGAGAAACUGCAUAAAUGAGCUUCAGUGAAGCUCUGCUCAUGUGAUUGGAAUUCAUCUUGAGAACUUUUAUCCCCCAGCACGGGGCAAAGAUUAGUUUGCAGGAGAAAACAAAAGAAGAGCAAUCCUUUUUGGAAAAGGCAGUAUGGGCAGUUUCAAUGCUAAAUUUAGGUUGUUUUAGGAUUCCAGCAGCCAUGCCUUGGAUAAUUUAGUUAGUCCCUACUUACAGUGGCAUUUCAGGAGAAAUCAUUGAUGCAACUGCAAGGUGGCAGAGCAGCCCAUUGGUGAGCAGCAUGAGGGAUUUUACUGCCUGUGUGAUACUAGAGAUGCAUUGAAAAUGUUUCUGUCCUUGAGCAGCAAAAUCUCAGCCUUCCUUUUCUCUGCCAUCAGUUUGUUGCUUUUGGGAUUUAUCCAGAGCUUGAUGCAGGUUCUCAAAACAAUUGCUUUGGUGGGACCUUUGUACUUGAUGUGAAAGACCAGUAGUUGGGUUUAGUCAGUUUUUCUCAUAGUCAGUUUUUCCUCUGUACCCAGACACACUCAAAGCCAACAUCACUGCGGGACCUUCCCUCGGAGCUUCCCCAACAAAAGUGAAGUUUCAGGGUGCAAUGUAUUUGCUGGUUAAGCUACCAGCUUUUAAAAAUGUAUUUCCUGCUCUUAGUUCUGUGCUGCUGCAUUAUAUCACUCCAUAAUUAGCAGGCCCAACAGAACAAGGUUAGUAAUGGAAACUUCUCUGAAGCCACAACUUAAAAGCAACAGGACUGAGGCUCUGCGUGCAUUAACAUCCCUCAGUUGUGUUUUGUGGUUAGGUCCUGUUGUCCAGAGUGACAUUAAUGCAUCUUUAGAGCACAAUGAGGAACUAAAGUGCUAUCCUGCUCCCUGGAAAACACUAAAAGAACAGGAACCCUUCCCUUUCUCCCGUUUUCACUGCCAAAAGUGCUGCAUAUCUCAAAUGUGGCUUUUUUUCCCAGCUGUCCUGUGCUGACGGGGUUUGUGUCAGUGCAGCUUCAGGGCAGCUCUCCUGUAAGGCAUCCCUCAUGAUAAGAGUUGAAGGAAACAGGAUCUUCUGUGGAGCACUAAACAAACCAGCCGAGAAGCAGAGUAAAUCAGGUAUGGGGCAGUGAUUUUUACACCAUUGCACUUUUUACACUGCAAGUUACUGCAGCAUAAAGGAGUGCCUGUGAAGAGGAGGUUGAGAUUGCAGAGCAAAUGCAGGCAGGGUCUGGGAACACUUCGUCUCACCCCCACAACUUUAGCUCGUGACAGUUUUUUCUAAUAGCAACUGAUGGCUGUAAUCUCUUAGUCUUAUCACAAAGGCUUCCAAGCCGUGGAAGCUCUGGUGCAAGGAACAGUGCCCAGAAGUACGUGCUUACAGGUAGUUGAGCACCAGCAUUGCUCAUACCAGGGAGGUUUUCCCCUCGAUCUGCUCACGACCCUUUUUGCUAGCUGCUUUCCCAUCUCUGCUUGUUGUAAAAAAGAAAAGUGAACUUGGACUGUAUCAUUUUGAAACUCCCUUGCUGUAUUCAAUAGCUGGGAGCAGCCCUCGUCCCACCACUGUUCUCAGCUUACAGCUCACCAGAGAGAAGGAACAAUCAACGACCUCUCUCCUCUCACGCAGUCUUGCUGGUGUAACUCUCUACCUCCUUGGCUGUUAGGAUGCUAUUAGAAGUUAAACUCCAUGUAGAGGGAUUGGGAAAGUAUUUAAAAUAAAUAUUUAUUCUAGUGAAAA